GGGAAAUUCUGAAUUCACCAAAUAAUGAAAUCAAAAAUCUUAAAGAUCGUUAAAUAGUUUAUACUCAUAUCGAUCAUUACUGCAAUUACUGUUGGUUAAUAUUAUUUUAAUAACUAUUAUAUAUCUUACAAAUAUUUGAAACGUUUUAACGGACUACUUAAUAUACUACUUUUUUAAUAAUAUACUAAUCAAAGAUAUUUGAUUAGCGUCCUACUAACCGUCCUGAAUUAUUCCCAGUAAAAGAUACAGUGAUCUAACCAUUUGCCUAUCUGCUUGUUUGCCACCUGUCGAUUAUGAGUAAAUGUGAAUUUGUGGUGCACCAUUUCCUCAGGUGCCAUUCAAAGACCAACAAUGAUUCAGCAGACGUUUCUACACAGGUGUGGUAUGCAGCGUUCGAGCCAUCUAGAAAGUCCCACUUGGUGGCCACUUGUGGUGGCAACAAGGUCUGUGUUAUCGACGUGAAGACUGGAGUGGUCGAGUUCAGAUAUACUUAUUCUAAAGGAUUGUUGUAUACAUUAUCAUGGAGUACAGCAUGCCCCAGCAACAAUAUAUUGGCCACUGGUGGGACAAAUUGUACAAUUGUGCUUAUAGACUUGAAAACCCAUAAAGCAUAUCUUCACUACUCUUUGCCUCAAGCGAACAAAAAAAUAUUUAUUAGCUCCAUUUUAUUUCACCCUUCUCAAAAUGUAUUGUUUUGUGCACUAAACAAUGGAUAUUUAUACAUACUUGAAUUUGAAACUGACAGAAAUCGUAUUAUAAAUUUGGAACAACGAUGUUCCAUUGAUCUCCAAUGUGAAAUAUUUGGAUUAACAUUUUGUGAAAUAAAUGAAUAUUUACUUAUUGCCACUAAUGUUGGUUUAAAAGGAUGGGAUAACUCUCAGAGCCAAGAUCAAGAACUUCUAGAUUUUGAACUACCCAAAAAUCCUAAUGAACUGUAUAGAGAUCAAAAUGAAAAUGUGAUUGAUUCAAUUGAGAUAGUUAAGGACAGUUGGAUUGCCGUUAAAGUGGCUCUGCACGGAGUUAUAUACAUUUUCAAUCUAGAUGCUACGCUGUUAAAAAAAAAGAAUAACAAGUGUUUAGUAAUACCACCUUAUAUUCUAAAAUGGAGUGAUACAGACAACUAUUUCAUGAGCUGUAGUGUUGGUCUUGAUGGAAAACUCUUAGCCUGUGGAGAUGAUAAAGGUAGUGUAUGGAUUUACAACUUGGAGGAUAUAUCGUUCAAAUGUUCAACACGUGAUUCUAAAAUUAUUAAUGUCAAUUCAGUCUUAAAAUGGCCCAAACUUCAUGACAGUUAUUUGAAAAAGAAAAAGAAGUUGGAAGUAGAUGUUUAUGACAUAGUAAUAGCUAAAUGUGCUGUUCACUAUAGUGGCAAUUAUCUUGUAGCUGUAACUAAUAACAAUUUUGUUUGCUUGUAUAAAAAGUCAACAGUUAAAAAAUAAAAUGUGAUUUUGUACCUA